AAGGCUUUUAAACUACGAAUCGCGCUCCCACCACACUGAAGGGCAGUCGAGCCGAAAGCAGGGGCCUAUCCAGGACCGGUGAGGCGCUGCUCCCCCCUUCCCUGUGGCCAAUUCCGCGCCGUUCCCUUCCUCGCCCAAACUUUUGUUGCGCUUCUUUUUGCCUUCGCUUCUUUUUGCGCGACACCAGAGCCAGCCGCUCUCCAGCAGCCGAGGGGACCGGCUUGGAUCAGAGGAAGGCGAGGCGAGCUGGGCGAGCGGGCGGCGGACUGGCUACAGCGGCCCUCACGAGCAGCCCACCAACCCCCCUUUCCCCUUCGCUUCCAGCCUUCGGAGCCAGCCAACUCCGCCCUGAAGCCAGCCAGCCAGCCAGCGAGUGAGGAGGAGCGGCGGAGGCAGCGGCGCUCGCAAGAGCCAAGACGAGGAAAGAGGGCAAGAGGGGGAGCUAGCGAGUCCAUCGCAUCUGGCGAAGAGGAGGGGGGGAUCAUAGUAGGAUCUGCCUGGGAAUCUCUCUCUCUCUUUUUGGGAGCCUGGACGUGUCCAUUGAUUGCUACCCGAAGCAAGGGCUGCAACCCCGGGAAUAAUGUGGAACGCGUGGAUACUGCUUGCUUUCGCCUUGAUGGCCUGCGUCUCUGGAGAGACGAGAGCAGCAUUGACCUCUGAUAAAGACCUAUAUCUUGACAACAGCUCCAUUGAAGAAGCAUCAGGAGUCUAUCCAAUUGAUGAUGAUGAUUAUACGUCAGGGUCAGGGUCAGGGGCUGAAGAAGAAGAAGGAGAUAACACAGUGAUAGUGACGCCAUCUAGAACUAUUCCAAAGAUGCCAGCAACUAGUGAUGCUCCGAGAAUUGAGACGACUACACUGAAAAUGCAGACUAAGGUACCUACGCAAACAAAGUCGCCUGAAGAGAUAGAUAAAAAGAAGAUUCUCAAGCCUGAUGCUGAAAACAAAAAUGCUAAGAAUGAAGCAGGUGAAGACACAGAUGUAUUCACUCAAAAACACUCGGAAAACCUAUUUCAGAGAACGGAAGUAUUGGCAGCUGUUAUCGCCGGUGGAGUUAUUGGCUUUCUCUUUGCAAUCUUCCUUAUCUUGCUUUUGGUAUAUCGCAUGAGGAAGAAGGAUGAAGGCAGCUACGACCUUGGAGAACGUAAACCAUCCAGUGCUGCCUACCAGAAGGCACCUACUAAGGAGUUUUAUGCAUAAAACUCUUACUUAAGUGUCUCUGUUUAAGAGAUCACUGAACUUUUUAAAUAAAGCUUUUUUUUUUUGCAUAGAAUAAUGAAGAAACUUUUUUUCUCAUUAAAGAGCCUUUAUGGCACCUUUAUGAUAAAAAAACCAUUGUAUUUAAAACUUUUCAUGUAUUCCUUUUAAGAAAAUGUAAAGUAAAAUCUUAACAUUUUGCAGUGUUCUGUGAAUAACAGUGGCAAAACAUUAUUUUAUAUAGCCAUUGAUGUUCACUGAAUCAUUUUAAAACUUUAUGCAUAAAUGAAAAUGAUUGUUUUUUCCUAUGGUUCAAUGAAAGUUGUUUAAUUUUUGUCAGCAUGUCUGAUUGAUCUUACAAGUUAGUUUUUAUUUCAUUAAUUUAUCUGUUUCCAAAAAAUAAAAUAAAAAUAAAAUGCCUUUUUGUAGUUGUCAUGGUGCAAUUUGUCUUUGGAUAACUCAAAUAAUGGUAACUCUUAGUGUAAAUGUAUUUUUUCAGCUAUGUAAACUUUAACCUCCACUUUGUAUCAAUUUUAGUGUCAGAAAAUCCAUUUUACACCUUGCUUUGUUUCUCAGUGUUCCUCUUGCUUCAUUGAAACGUACAGCAGAUUAAUGUGUAAAAUUGGACUAUUACUGCAAACUAUGUAGUUGUACCCAUACAAAACAAGUCUUCUUUAUGGGAGAUGUUGCAGUAAGCUACUGACAAGCCUACACAAACCCAAAGACUCUAACAGUAUUCCAAGAAGUUGCUGCAAAUUUCUAUGGCCACUGUUUAUAAUUUCUUGCAAUUUGAAGGUACGAGUAAGAAUUCAAAAAGGAUCCUUUUUUUGUUAAAAAAAUGCAUUUAAGUUGUAAACGUCUUUUAAAGCCUUUGAAGUGCCUAUGAUUCUAUGUAACUUGUUGCAGACUGGUGUUAAUGAGUAUAUAACAGUAAAAAAAGAAAAGAAAAAUGUUGGUAUUUUAUAAGCACAGACAAUUCUAAUGGUAACUUUUGUAGUCUUACAUGGACAUAAACUGUAAUUUGGGAACAUAAACACUACUGAAUAAAUCAUGUGGCCUAAUACUGAAA